AGGCUCCAUUUCCUUUCUUUGAGAGAAGGCUUUUGUCUUUCCCCCUGCGACCAUGUCAGUGUCUGGAAAGAAAGAGUUUGAUGUGAAACAGAUCCUCAGGCUACGCUGGAGGUGGUUCAGUCACCCAGCUCAAGGUUCACCUAACACUGGAAGCUGCCUUCAGCAGGAAGGAUAUGGGCAUAGAGGGUCCCCGGUUCAGGGUAGGUUGAAGAACCACCCUUGGGACAGAAAGGGACUGAAGAAAAGCAAUAGUCCUGGUCACCACAACAUACCGGCACCAGGGCCCAGACCAGCCCCAGCCGAUCUUCAGAAUUGGCACCAACAAAACCUAAGAGAGCAUCUUCAAGCAAAUGAAGACACUCCUAAAGCUGUUGGAGAGAAGAACUUGUUCAAAGAACCUUGUGAAAAAUGCUCACGGGAUUUGGAAUUGAGGACUGAUAACAGCAAAAAAGAUUCUACAGGGAGAUUAAAUGCACAAAAUCUUGAACAAAUGGAUGCCAGCGUAACCGAGGAGAAUUUCCAGGCUGCAAACCAUGCAGAACAUGCUCUUCUUAAAAUGGAGAACUAUUUGAAAGAGAAACAACUGUGUGACGUGCUACUCAUUGCUGGACACCUCCGCAUACCAGCCCAUCGGUUGGUUCUCAGUUCAGUGUCUGAUUAUUUUGCUGCCAUGUUUACUAACGAUGUCCUUGAAGCCAAACAAAAAGAGAUCAAGAUUGAAGGAGUGGAUCCAUAUGCACUUAAUUCAUUGGUGCAGUAUGCUUACACAGGUCACCUGCAAUUGAAUGAGGAAACUAUUGAAAAUUUGCUAGCUGCAGCUUGUCUCCUGCAGCUGCCUCCAGUCAUUGAUGUCUGCAGCAGUUUUCUCAUGAAGCAGCUCCAUCCUUCAAACUGCUUAGGAAUUCGGUUCUUUGGUGAUGCCCAGGGCUGCACAGAGCUCCUGAAGGUGGCACAUAGAUAUACAAUGGAACACUUCACGGAGGUGAUAAAGAAUCAAGAAUUCCUUCUGCUUCCACCUAAUGAAAUUGCAAAACUUCUGUGCAGUGAUGAUAUUAAUGUACCCAAUGAAGAAACAAUUAUGAAUGCUCUAAUGCAGUGGGUGGGACAUGAUGUGGAGGCUAGGCAACAAGACCUGGCAAUGCUGCUUUCUUACAUCAGACUACCAUUACUCUCACCUCAGUUACUGGCGGAUCUUGAAAACAGCUCCAUGUUUGCUGGUAAUCUUGAAUGUCAAAAGCUGUUGAUAGAAGCUAUGAAGUAUCAUCUAUUACCUGAUAGAAGAUCCACAAUGCAAAGCCCUCGGACCAGGCCUAGAAAAUCAACCGUGGGGGCACUUUAUGCUGUGGGAGGAAUGGAUACUUUGAAAGGUACCACUACAAUGGAAAAAUAUGACCUCAGGACCAACAGCUGGAUAUAUAUUGGCACCAUGAAUGGCCGUAGACUUCAGUUUGGUGUUGCAGUUAUUGAUAAUAAGCUCAUUGUUGUAGGAGGAAGAGACGGUUUAAAAACAUUGAAUACUGUAGAAUGUUUUAACCCUGUUGGCAAUAUCUGGUCUGUAAUGCCACCCAUGUUAACACAUAGACAUGGCUUAGGUGUAACCACACUUGAAGGGCCAAUGUAUGCCAUUGGUGGUCAUGAUGGUUGGAGUUAUUUAAAUACUGUAGAAAGAUGGGAUCCUGAGGGACAUCAGUGGAAUUAUGUGGCCAGUAUGUCAACUCCUAGAAGCACAGUUGGUGUUGCUACAUUAAAUAACAAGUUAUAUGCUAUUGGUGGACGCGAUGGAAGUUCCUGCCUCCAGUCCGUGGAAUGCUUUGACCCUCACACUAACAAAUGGACUCCAUGUGCUCCAAUGUCCAAAAGACGUGGAGGUGUGGGAGUUGGAGCAUACAAUGGAUUCAUAUAUGUUGUAGGGGGUCAUGAUUCCCCUGCAACUAGUGUGAGCGCCACGCUUUCUAACUAUGUGGAACGGUAUGAUCCAAAAGCUGAUGCAUGGUCAAGUGUGGCCCCUCUGAAUGUACCUCGAGAUGCUGUUGCGGUAUGCACCCUUGGAGACAGACUUUAUGUAGUUGGAGGAUACAAUGGACAUGCCUACUUGAACACUGUUGAGUCAUAUGAUUCACGGAAAAAUGAAUGGAAAGAGGAAAUUCCUCUUAACAUUGGAAGAGCUGGUGGAUGUCUUACUGUGUUGAAACUGCAAUGAAUCCGCUUUAUGAAGUAAAACCAAAUAAUUUCAUGAAAUAGAGUUGGAAGAAGGGAAAAGUGAAAAAACCUAUUGUGUUCUGCCGUUCAUAAUCAAACACAGGAAUCUUUGUGUUGUUUUAAUAUGUAGUUGUAAUUGCUCUCAUUUGUAAAGCCAAAAAGUUUCUAAGCAGAAAUUACAAAAAAGUAACAAAUGUAUGCAUUUUUAAUAACUAAUAAUAUAAAGAGCAAUCCAGUAGUCUAGGUUUAGCUUUAUUACUUAAAAUUGUUAAAAUGUGUAGUGAAAGUUGAUAUUUUCACAAGUGUAAAGGGUAAUUAAUAGUUUGGGGGUAGGAAUCUGAGAGGUUAAAAACAUUUUUAUUUCCACUGAAGGUACUCUAUUAGGUGGAAUAUAACAUAAUAUAAAAGAAAACAUCUAAAAUCUGAAACACAGUAUAUUUUAAAUAUACUUAAAUACUAAAAUCUGAAAUACAGUAUAUUUUAAAUAUUAUUCCAACAUCACCUUAAGUAAUACCUCACAGUUUCCAAGGGGAAAGUUUUUACUGCAUUAAAUUUUUUAAGAAAAAAAAAUAGAUGGUUAUGCUGAUCCCAAUAUGUCAACCUUUACAAUAACCAUCUUCUAAGACAUGUAUAAAUUUGGUAUUCCAUAACAUGCUCUCUUGUUAGAUUUUUACUGGUUAUAUAUUGUUGUAAUAUUAUAUGCACAAGCUAUACAUCAAAUAUUGAAUAUCAUAUUGACAAAAACUGUGAACUCACCUUCUGAAUCUCGAGACCACAAUUAUAUGAGUAAAAUUCUUCUCAAAUAUGUCUGUGAGCUGUGCAAUUACCUACCAUUUGCCAAGCAAUUUUUAAAUGUAUUCAAUUCAAUAUGUUAUAUGAUGGAAACAUCAAAUUGUGCUGUAGCUUAUUUUCAUAUACCAAUACAUUUAAUUCUGUUCAUGUUGUAUUUAUCUAAUAGCACGUUAAGGACAUAUAACUACAAAAACUCAAAAUUAAACAAUAAGCAGCAUAGUAGAGUAGUAUUUAAGCUUUAAAUUCUUCUAAUUUUUCCAUUUAGUAAUAGAAUGUUUAAGAUAAAAUGUUAGGGGGGAAAUCUAUCAAAGUAACAUCUUGAAUACACAUUUUAAAAAUUUAUGAAAUGUAUUUAAAUUUUGUGCUUUAGAAAGAUAUCAACAUACAAAAUCCAGAAAUAUGCUAUAAAUUGCUUUUAAAAAUUCAGAAUAAGUAUGUACAAAAUAUUUGUAAUUUGAUGGAUUAAAAUAAAUUUCCUCUGGCAAUAAAAACUUUGGCUUUAA